GAAGCGGGCCUCAGGUCCCAGGCGGCCCGCGCGGGCGCCCCGGCACGUCCGCAGGCUGCAACGAGAGGUGGCGGCUUCUGAGAGGAAGGAGAGACGAGGGCGGGCCUGAGGGGCGGCCGGGAGGUGGGGCGCGCCCGGGGGCUGGCCCGCGCGGGCUUCAUCUGCGGACGCACGGCCUGCUCCCGAGCGCUGGGGAUUCCGAGGCGCGGCAAGACUAGCGGCUGGAGCGGCUAUGGGCCGCCGCUGGGGCUUCCUGAUCGGCUUCUUGAUCGCCGUGGGGUUGCUGGGCUCGGGCCACGGCGAGCAGCAGCCCCCAGAGACGGCGGCGCAGAGGUGCUUCUGCCAGGUUAGUGGUUACUUGGAUGAUUGUACCUGUGAUGUUGAAACCAUUGAUAAAUUUAAUAACUACAGGCUUUUCCCAAGACUUCAAAAACUCCUGGAAAGUGACUACUUUAGAUAUUACAAGGUAAACCUGAAAAGGCCAUGUCCUUUCUGGAAUGAUAUCAGCCAGUGUGGAAGAAGGGAUUGUGCUGUCAAGCCUUGUCACUCAGAUGAAGUUCCUGAUGGAAUUAAAUCUGCAAGCUACAAGUAUUCUGAAGAAGCCAAUAAUCUCAUUGAAGAAUGUGAGCAAGCUGAACGACUUGGAGCUGUGGAUGAAUCUCUGAGUGAGGAAACACAGAAGGCUGUUCUUCAGUGGACCAAGCAUGAUGAUUCCUCAGACAACUUCUGUGAAGCUGAUGACAUACAGUCUCCUGAUGCUGAGUAUGUCGAUUUGCUCCUUAAUCCCGAGCGCUACACGGGUUACAAGGGACCAGAUGCUUGGAAGAUAUGGAAUGUCAUUUAUGAAGAAAACUGUUUUAAGCCACAGACAAUUAAAAGACCUUUAAAUCCUUUGGCUUCUGGUCAAGGUAAAAGUGAAGAGAAUACUUUUUACAGUUGGCUAGAAGGUCUCUGCGUAGAGAAAAGAGCAUUCUACAGACUUAUAUCUGGCCUCCAUGCAAGCAUUAAUGUGCAUUUGAGUGCACGAUAUCUUCUACAAGAUACGUGGUUGGAAAAAAAAUGGGGACACAACAUUACAGAAUUUCAACAACGAUUUGAUGGAAUAUUAACUGAAGGAGAAGGUCCACGAAGGCUUAAGAACUUGUAUUUUCUCUACUUAAUAGAAUUAAGGGCUUUAUCUAAAGUGGUUCCAUUCUUUGAGCGCCCAGAUUUUCAACUCUUCACUGGAAAUAAAGAUCAGGAUGCAGAAAACAAAAUGUUACUUCUGGAAAUACUUCAUGAAAUCAAGUCAUUUCCUUUGCAUUUUGAUGAGAAUUCAUUUUUUGCUGGGAAUAAAAAAGAAGCAAACAAACUAAAGGAGGACUUCCGACUGCAUUUUAGAAAUAUUUCAAGAAUCAUGGACUGUGUUGGUUGUUUGAAAUGCCGACUGUGGGGAAAGCUUCAGACUCAGGGUUUGGGCACUGCUCUGAAGAUCUUGUUUUCUGAGAAACUGAUUGCAAAUAUGCCAGAAAGUGGACCCAGUUAUGAAUUCCAUCUAACCAGACAAGAAAUAGUAUCAUUAUUUAAUGCAUUUGGAAGAAUUUCAACAAGUGUGAAAGAAUUAGAAAACUUCAGGAACUUGUUACAAAGUGUUCAUUAAAGAAAGCAAGUUGAAAAGUGCCUAUUUCUGGACAGUGGAGGCCAAAGAAUGGAAUUUCAUUCAAAGGCAUAAACAGCAAUGAGAGUCUUAAGUCAAACAUUUUAUAUAAAGCUGCUUUUGUAAAAGGGAAUUAUGUUGUUUUAAAUAACAAUUUUUUAAAUUGUGUUAAAUCUAUGUGUAAUAUUAUUGUGAGUAAAAGUAAAACUUUGAUAAUGUGGUACAUCUUUAAUGUUUAAUAUUAAGUAAAAUCAUCAGGAUUAUCAAAUUCACAUAAGGUAAAUCUAAGUAAAUGAUGUUUUAAGUCUCUCAAACUAGAAUUUUGUGUAAGAAGACAUAAUAUAAAUUAAACUGUGGCCAAUGUGAAAAGUGCUUAUAGGAGAAUGUUAUGACCCAUUAUUAACAACCUAAAUUACUAACAGCCUAAAUGUUCAACAUUUAGGGUGAACAGAUUUGGUAAAUAAAAGUACAGAAUGCCUUGUUAAAUUUGAAUUUCAGAUAAACAACAGUUUUUUAAUAUAAGUAUGUUGCAUGUAAUAUGGGACAAACUUAUACCAAAAAAUUAUUCCUCCUUUACCUGGGAUAUACCUGGGAGUCCUGUGUUUUAUUUGGCAACUCUACAAUACAUUGGUAUGAAACAAAUCACUUUUAGAAUUAUUUUGCUAUUUUGAUUGGCUUAUUUUUGUGUGUAGAAAGAUACAAUGAUAAUUCAAGGGUAUAAGGGAUUUCUAAGCAGUGUGAAAAGUUGAAUAGAUUUAUAUAUUUAUUCUCAUAGUACUUUCCCUGAUUCUGAAUAAAAAUUUGGGGAAACUUUUUAUUUUUAUAUAAUUUCAAAUUUAUAGAAAUGUCUCCAGGAUAGUAUCAAUACAAAGAACUCUUUACCAGAUACCUUAAUUGUUCAUAUUUGCUUUCUCUCUCAUGCUUUCUCUGUAUAUAUACAUGCAUAUACUAUUUUUUUCUCAAUCAUUUGAAGAGUCAGUUAUAGGCAUCAUGUCCUUUGAACCAUGUGUAAUAUGAAUAAGGUUUCAAUGAUUUUUUUUUUUUCAGGAAAAAUAUCUGGAACUAUAUACUACUAUAAGCCUUAGAAUAAGGAAUCAUUUUGAGUUCCAACCUAAAAUUCUUUUUUGAAUUUUGUUACCCUUUUAAUGCUGUAUAGUCAUAGGCAUAAAAUUUGGGGGUUUUGUAUGUGAUAUUCAUUUCUUUCUUCUCCCCAUAACUAAACUGUAAUUUUUAGAAGUCUUGAAGGGAAGAUCUUCAAUGAUAAAAAAUAUUUGAAGGGGUUUAGGAAUUUAUAGCACAUGGUAAUUGUAGGAAAAAGGGAAAUGUAUACCUCAAAAUCAUGGGCCCUUUCUGUAUGUCUUAGCAGGUAUAUCAGGUUGAGAUGUAACAUUAUUAAUAAAGCAGGGUUUAUUUAUAUAAUGGCUUAGAAAUGCUACUUAACACUACUAUAUGCUUUUUCUUCUUUAUGUCCCUACAGCCUGAUACAGUGUCAAGCACAUAGUAGGUGUCCAAUAAAUAUUUGAGUGAAUGUAUGAAAAUGUAUUCAAUAUAUUUAAAUUAAUUAUCACAGAACUAAGUUUAAUAAUAUAUGUCCUAUUUCCUUUCCUCCCUAAUUUGAAUAGGGCAGGAAAAGAAAGAUAUUAACCUACUAUGAAGUCAGUAUUCUUAGAGACUCAAAAGACUAUGAAGUGAGCACCAAAUAUAGAAGUGUAAGGACGUUUGUGGUACUCUGAAAAUUUGGUAGAUGGGUUUCAGUGGUUAUUUUGCCUAUGUAACUCUUUAACUCUCAUCUCAUGUCCCUACUCUCUCUUUUUGUAAAGCCAAACUUUGGAAAGAAUUUCCCUGUCUUCACUUUGGCCCCCUCCACUUGCUCCUUUAACUGAAAUUUGGCUUUUUUUCUUAGUAGUUAACAAUCUUGUCUUUUGAAGUCUAAAAUCCCAAUUCUAAAUCUAUGGUUUGGUUCACAAGCUAUUUCUUACUUGACUUUUUUUCUGCAUUUGACACUGCUGACAGCCCCUUCCUUAAAAACCUCUUUUCCACCAGGUUUCUUGUAUUUCCCUCACUUCUGAGUGCCUCUUUUCAUGUAUUCUUUAAGUUAUUCCUUAGGCUUUUAUUCCUGCCGUCUUCAACACCACCACUUCUCACUCUUGAGUCCUUCCAAUUCAGUGAUCUCUAAAUCUGUAUCUUUAGCCUAAACUUCUCAGACCAUCUGCCUUCUACGCAUCUUCACUUGGUUUCCCACAGACACCUGUGUGCAUCUUAAAAAGUUACUCUGCCCCAAACCUACUCGUAUGCUUAUGCUCCUUCCUUUGGUUAAUUUUAGAACCAUCAUCAUUUAAAUUCUCUAGGCUAACCCUUCCACUCCCCUGUCCAGCCAGUGUCUAAUCUCUAUGGAUUUUAUUUCCAUAUCUCUGAUAUAUCACUGUCUUUCCAUUUUGAUUGCUCUUCCCUAAAGUACAAACCUUUUUCCUUGUACCUGACCUGUCUCCUCUCUUGCUUCACAAUGUUACCAAAGUGGGCUCUCUAUAAGCACUGUCACACUGUUACUCCCUGCUUAACACACAGUGAACUCAUGACCCUUUAGGAAGAAACCAGACCUCUUUCCUUGGUGAACAAAGUGCUCUGAUAGGGGUCUUUCUGUUUCCGCCAACCUCAUGUUCUGCUAAAGCUGACUUACAGUUCUUCAGAUGCAGCAUUGUCAGGCCUCCACAGCUCGGUGCCUGCUGUUCUCUAUCACGUGCCCUAGCCAUCCUUCCCCACCUGGGAAACUUCUGUGUAUCCUUGCAGGUCCAGCAUAGCGAUCACUUCUGUAAAUUCGCCCUUGCUCCAUCCAAGGAGGAUCAUCUAAGUUCUUUUGUGUCACCACUGUAAUUACAACCUACCUCUACUGUGUCACUUAUUGUACUGUAUUGUUUUUGUUUUUUAAAGUCUCCUUUACUAGAAUGUGAGCUCCUUAAGGGCAGGAAAAGGAACUUUAUCCAUGUUUGCAUCUCCACAGCAUAGUUUUUGGCAUAUGAACACUUAAUAAAUGUUUGUUGAAUAAAUUGA